ACCCCUCUCUCCCCGGCCUCCUCUCCCCCUGACCCAGAUCUAGCGCUGCCGGCAUGGCUACCGUGCUUCUGGCCGGCGGCAGCGCUUCCCUCUCCCGUCUUCAACUCCCAGACCAGGAGAUCUCCCCGGACCAGCGACGCCCCAGUGCCCCUCCUCCUGGCUACCUAAACUCCCGGAGCAGCCUGCAACGAGGGAGGCGCCCAGUGACAUGGAGAUCAAAGUUUGCUUUUUUUAUGCGCCGGUGUUCGAUCUGGUGCGUCGGCGUUCGACCUUCUUCUCUCCUACGGCAAGGACGCUGCGCCUCGUCCGCUCGCACGUGUUCACGCCGAGCAGCAGCAGAUGAGCGACAGAGCGAUGAGAUGAGGGCCGUCAAAUAGGAGGAGCUCGACCUCCACCGGUGCGGCAUCCGGCCUCGCUGGCCUCUACCAGUGCAAUUUCUGUGGAUCCCGCCCGCGCUGGUACACUGCUCCAUCUGUACUACUCCCCUUUCUGAACCUAGAUGCAGAUGUACCCAUCUAGAUGUGGCUUUAAUUGCCGUGAGAAGGAGAUCGAGUUCUGGAUUUGUUUGUUUCGUUGAUUUGUGCAAUUGCUUUUCGGGAACUGACUAUUUUAGUUUUAGUUGCUAAACGCUUUGCAUUGCAAAUGUUUCAAAGCAAAAGAUUGGUGUAUACCCGGAAAUAAAACUAACACCAUGAGCUGACAGGGAUGAUGAAAUAAUCUUCAACUAGGGUACCUUCAUGCGCCAACUAAUUCAUUCUAUUUUCGAUGCAUUUCUUCUUUUAUGUUCCUACUAAUUUUGAGAUGCAAUGCUCCUUUUAUGUAGGCACUGAAUCAGUUUGUUUACAAUUUGUAGUGUGUCAGUGGAUGCACACACCAUAGAGCAUAAAUAAGUUCCUUGAAUAUAAGGCCCUUAAACUGUUGAGGCAUAAAUAAUUUUGUCACAUUUCUUGAGCUGUUAUCCUUGUCAGUGGAGUAGGCAAGUUCCAACACUUGUACAGUUAGUAACCAUGGCAACAACAAACUCAUCAUGAUUUCUGUAUAAUAUCAGCCACUCUUUUGCAUACAAAGACAUGUCAACGUUGUACAAUGCUUUGACUACAACGAAAUAUCAGACGCAAUGUUCCACUUGCCUAUUUUGCAUCCCUUCCUAACUUUUGAACACUUAAGUUCCUGAAAUGCAUGCCACCUUGUACUAGCUAUCCUGGUGUAAGCUGAAUUCGUCCAACCUUUACUUUAGGUGGUGAAUUGUUUUGUUGGAUUCACAUGAUACUUUUGAUUAUGAUUGAUUCAUUAAAUUCAAUGUGGCCUGAUGUUUGGAAACAAAUCUAGAAUAAUUAUGUGGAUCGGUGGUAAGAUGGCGUCGUUGUCUUCCAUCGUGCCAUCACAAAGCUCAACCUCACGCGGAUUGCCACAGCAAGGACACCAUCAACUUCCGCUGCCUCGACAAGAAUCUCAGACAUGGCUCGGGAGAAUUGCUGAAUCACGGCGAGGCUGCUGCAACUGCCGCCACCCGUUCCCCGCUGCCUUCGAUGGUCUCUGCGCACACCCCCUCCUCCGCCGCUCCCCCACGCCGUCCCUCCCCGAUCCGGCCUGGGAAACCUGGGGAUCCAGACAAUCAGGUGUUUGCGAGCUGCGGAUCAGGGACCCAUGGCUCAGGCGACAUGGGGAUCCGUGACCUGGGGCUCAGGCGGAUACCUGGGCAUCAGGGAAACUGGGUCGGAGGUCGAGGAGCAGAUGGAUCUGGAUUGAAGCUGGCUGGCUGGCGCAGAGGCGGAGGAGUAGCUGGGUCGGGGACGGAGGUGGAAGACGCUCGGGCGAUGGCGAUUCAGAUUAGAUAGGGGUAGCAAUGUAAUUUUACACCAUUUUCACCUGGUCGGAAUAAUCCCCCAACGUCUUACAUUUCAGAACGGAG